AUGGCCGAGACACAAUCAUACAAAGAGCUUCUAGCCAAAUGGGCUGACAAGUACAGAGGGGCAACCGUGGAAGACCUCGAUCCACCACCGGCCCUGUCGACCUUGUCGUCGUCGCUCAUCUCCAGUGCUCUCAUGGCCGCCUACGAAAGAGAGUACACCCAUCUGACAGUCGUUGCGCCCGAGACACGUGCGCUGGUUGGCUACCUGUCCAUGCCUAAUCUCAAGGAUCUGCUCAAGGCCGGCAGUGUUCGCGACACCGACACAGUGGACAAGGCAAUGACAAAGUUCAAGAGGAAGGGCACUAAAUACCACGUCAUCACCAUGGACACUCCUCUGGAAGAGCUCGAGGCAUUCUACGCAGGCUUGACGGAAGACGGCAAGAUGCCAGAACAGGAAUUUGCUGUCGUCACAGACGCUGGCCGUAAAUUCGUUCUAGGUGUUGCGACAAAACAGGAUCUCGAGGAGUUUGUCAAGAGAAGACCCGUCUAUUGA